GUGUGUUCUCAUCCGUUGUCUCCGCUCACAUCGACUCAGAGAUGAAGAGCUGCAAACCAGAACCCGGCGAGCUGUCCUCCCUGAACUCGUCUACCUCCAGCAAGAAAGACGACAGCCUGAAACGAGAAAGAGAGAGCCAGGACUCAGACGAGGAGGGAGAUCUGCUGGAGGACGAGGACGAGAUUGAGGUGUGCCGGUGGCCUAAGCGGUUGGUGUGCGCGCCCCACGUGCAGAGGCAGUGGUCCUCGAGGCGGGCGGCCCAGAUGAAAAGCAGAGGGCAGGAUGAGGACGACGAGGAGGAGGAGGAGGAGGAAGGAGAGGACGACGGGGACAGCGCCAACGGAGACGACUCCUAAACACUACACAGUCAGACCGACACACACACACACACGCACGUAUACAAAACUAAGUGUGUGUGAUUACAUUUCUUUCACCUGACUCAAACGCAGUGGCUACACGCUCACAUGUGCUGAGCUGACUGGACAUUUGUGUCGAUCAUUGAAGAUAUCUAACACUGGAAACAUUUCACCAAUCUAUGACGUACGUUUUGAAAGGAUUUUCCUGUUUUUUUUCUUCAGUAUUCAUAAUUCAAUAUCCCCCUCCUUUUUUUAAAAAACUUUUUUUUUGUUGUUGUUGUAUUUGAUGUUUUGCUUGGAUAUUUUUGGCCUCUGGAGAAAUAUAAUGUCUUGUCUGUUACGAAAAGAUAAACCCCAAAUUGAGUGGAGAAUAAAGGUCACAUUUUAACACUAAAUCUAAAGAAGAAAAGAAGCUUCAUUGAAUAUUAGGAAAUUGAUGCCAUAAAUGUAAAUUUGCUAAAAGAUUAAGCUAAAAAAAAAAUCCAUUCCUUUGACAGCAGAGCAGGCUUGAAAUUCUAUAAAAUAUGUUACUGCUGCACAUCUUCCUCCUCACCAGCAGGUGGCAGUGUAUCCCCACAACAGGCAAAACAAAACGCAGCAGUUACUUUCUUCUGUGGAUCACAGAAAAUCUUCAUCUUCUGCUUGUCAGAUAACAACAUGAGCAUGUAUAAAAAAAAACCUCACGUCGGACUGCACAGACGCUCAGAGAGAAGCCUCAUUGCUAUGGAAACGGCUGUUUGUCCCUGAGGUGUUACGACCUUUAACUGACCUUGACUUGUGUAAUGCAGUGCUACUCCAUGUUUGUCUGUUUCUGUUGAUGUUUUGUUUGACUGCACUGGUUUAAAGUGAAUAAAGAUGUUUUCUAAGUUG